CUCACGCAGUCUCUUUCCCCGGCCGCAAAACAACCGUGAGUGUCCAGCUCACUGUUAUAGGAAAAAAAUAAAAACGCAUAAAAAAUAUAAAAUCUACAAAACCUAAAUAAAAAACUAAUUCUGCAAUACUUAAAGGAAAAACAAACCUUAAAAAUAGUAAAAUAAAAAAAUAUACAAACAGAAGUAGGAUUUUAAAGAAGUUCUCAAGGUUAUUUGUAAAAAGCUGGAUUUGUGGAAGCUCACUAAUAGCGUAUAUUUUAUAUUCGGGGAAGCUCUUUAAGAAAUGAACACCGCGACGGGGAGUUAUCCAAUGGCUUCUCUCUACGUUGGCGACCUGCACCCCGACAUCACGGAGGCUAUGCUGUACGAGAAGUUCAGCCCCGCCGGACCGGUACUCUCUAUUCGGGUCUGCAGAGACAUGAUCACCCGGCGCUCUCUCGGAUACGCUUAUGUGAACUUCUCGCAGCCCGCUGACGCCGAGAGAGCCCUGGACACCAUGAACUUUGACGUGGUGAAAGGGAAGCCAAUCAGGAUCAUGUGGUCCCAGAGAGACCCCUCUCUGAGGAAGUCUGGCGUGGGCAACGUUUUCAUCAAGAACCUUGACAAGUCCAUUGACAACAAAGCCCUGUAUGACACCUUCUCUGCCUUUGGAAACAUCCUCUCCUGCAAGGUUGUGUGUGAUGAAAAUGGCUCAAAGGGCUACGCGUUUGUCCACUUCGAGACGCAGGACGCAGCAGAUCGUGCCAUUGAGAAGAUGAAUGGCAUGCUACUGAAUGACCGCAAGGUGUUUGUGGGUCGUUUCAAAUCUCGAAAAGAGCGGGAGGCUGAACUCGGUGCCAAAGCCAAGGAGUUUACCAAUGUUUACAUCAAAAACUUUGGUGAUGACAUGAACGACGAACGACUGAAAGAACUUUUUGAAAAAUAUGGUAAAACUCUGAGUGUAAAGGUGAUGGCGGACUCCUCUGGCAAAUCUAGGGGGUUCGGGUUUGUUAGUUUUGAGAAACACGAGGAUGCAAACAAGGCUGUGGAGGAAAUGAAUGGCACCGAGCUGAAUGGUAAGACCGUUUUUGUGGGCCGAGCUCAGAAGAAGAUGGAGCGACAAGCAGAGCUGAAGAGGAAGUUUGAGCAGCUCAAACAAGAAAGAAUCAGUCGAUAUCAGGGAGUUAAUCUUUACAUCAAGAACCUCGACGAUACAAUCGACGAUGAAAAAUUGCGUAAGGAGUUUUCUCCAUUUGGUUCGAUUACAAGUGCCAAGGUGAUGUUAGAAGAAGGCCGUUCAAAAGGCUUUGGCUUCGUCUGCUUCUCUUCCCCCGAAGAGGCCACCAAGGCUGUGACAGAGAUGAACGGACGUAUCAUUGGCUCCAAACCUCUGUACGUCGCUCUCGCUCAGCGCAAAGAGGAGCGCAAAGCCCACCUCACCAACCAGUACAUGCAGCGAAUAGCGGGCAUGAGGGCCAUGCCGGCCAAUGCCAUCAUCAAUCAGUUCCAGCCCACCAGCGGCUACUUCAUGCCCGCCGUGCCUCAGGCCCAGAACAGGACCACAUACUAUGCACCAAACCAGCUGGCUCAGAUGCGACCCAACCCACGGUGGCAGCAGCAAGGUGGUAGAGGUCAAGGAGGUUUCCAAGGAAUGUCAAACUCGCUUCGACAGCCUGGACCCCGUGCCAACCUUAGACACAUGACUCCUAGCAGUGGCGCACAGGGCCCACGAGGUGCUGGUCAGAUCAUGGGUCCUCGUCAGUCAAUGGGAGUCCCCAGGGCCAUGCCUCCUUAUAAAUAUGCCACCAGUGUCCGUAACCCCAAUCCCCAAGUGGUGCAACCUAUUGCUUUACAGCAGGUUCAGCCAGCUGUGCACGUUCAGGGCCAGGAGCCUCUCACAGCCUCCAUGCUGGCUGCUGCACCUCCUCAGGAGCAGAAGCAGAUGUUAGGAGAGCGUCUGUUCCCGCUGAUUCAGGCCAUGCAUGCCAACCUGGCGGGAAAGAUCACCGGCAUGCUGCUGGAAAUCGACAACUCUGAGCUACUGCACAUGCUGGAGUCGCAUGAAUCUCUCCGUUCAAAGGUGGAGGAAGCUGUCGCAGUGCUGCAGGCCCACCAAGCGAAGAAGGAUGCCACCCAGAAAGUAGGCGGCAUGGCAAACACUGCCCCUGCUACAUCCUAAAACGUGGAUGCUGUAUUAACUUGGACUGAGAAAACCAGGGGAGGAUAAAUAGAUACAUUACAAUGACUCCAAACAGCCUAGUACCUUUAAAGACUUAUGC